UGUCAUCGAGAAGACAGCUGUAGAACUGAAUAUGAAACUUGAUUAGAGUUAGCUAGCACUAAUCUGUCUCUUUCAAUUUUACAUUUUUUGGGGAAUACCAGUGUUUCAGAGGGUUUUACAAUGGAGCAGUCAGCACCCAAAAGCAAGUUGAAAAAGCUGAGUGAGGACAGCUUGACGAAACAGCCGGAGGAGGUUUUCGAUGUUCUGGAGAAGCUUGGCGAAGGGUCCUAUGGCAGUGUGUACAAAGCCAUACACAAAGAGUCUGGCCAGGUGGUGGCGAUCAAACAGGUGCCCGUGGAGUCAGACCUCCAGGAGAUCAUCAAGGAGAUAUCCAUCAUGCAACAGUGUGACAGUCCAUAUGUCGUGAAGUACUAUGGCAGUUAUUUCAAGAACACGGACCUGUGGAUUGUGAUGGAGUACUGUGGAGCAGGCUCUGUCUCUGACAUCAUCAGACUGCGCAAUAAAACGCUCACUGAGGAUGAGAUUGCCACAAUCCUCAAAUCGACCUUGAAGGGCCUGGAGUAUCUGCAUUUUAUGAGGAAAAUCCACAGAGACAUAAAGGCUGGGAACAUCCUCCUCAACACGGAAGGCCACGCCAAGCUGGCCGAUUUCGGAGUGGCUGGACAGCUCACGGACACGAUGGCCAAGCGCAACACAGUGAUUGGCACACCCUUUUGGAUGGCCCCGGAAGUGAUCCAGGAGAUCGGAUACAACUGUGUGGCCGACAUAUGGUCCCUGGGCAUCACCUCCAUAGAGAUGGCUGAGGGGAAGCCGCCCUACGCUGACAUCCAUCCCAUGAGGGCGAUUUUCAUGAUUCCCACGAACCCGCCACCGACCUUCCGGAAGCCCGAGCUGUGGACGGACGAGUUCACGGAUUUCGUGAAGAAGUGUCUGGUGAAGAACCCGGAGCAGAGGGCCACGGCCACCCAGCUGUUACAGCAUUCCUUCAUUAAGAAUGCCAAGCCGGUCUCCAUCCUGCGGGACCUGAUCACAGAGGCCAUGGACAUCAAGGCCAAGCGGCACCAGGAGCAGCAGCGGGAGCUGGAAGAGGAGGAUGAGAAUUCGGAAGAGGAAACGGAGGUGGACUCGCACACCAUGGUGAAGAGCGGCUCGGAGAGCGCGGGCACCAUGCGGGCCACAGGCACCAUGAGCGACGGGGCCCAGACCAUGAUCGAGCACAGCAGCACCAUGCUGGAGUCGGACCUCGGCACCAUGGUCAUCAACAGCGACGACGAGGAGGAGGACGGCACCAUGAAGAGGAACUCCACUUCCCAGCAGGCCCAGCGGCCCUUCUUCAUGGACUUCUUUGACAAGCAAGAGUCAAAGAGCAAAGCCCCAGAGAACUGCAACCAGAACAAGCAGGAGCCCUACCUCAUCGCCAAGAACGUCUUCCCAGACAACUGGAAAGUCCCCCAAGAUGGAGAUUUCGACUUUCUGAAGAACCUGAGCUUCGAGGAGCUGCAGAUGCGUCUGAGCGCGCUCGACCCCAUGAUGGAGCGCGAGAUCGAGGAGCUGCGGCAGCGCUACACCGCCAAGAGGCAGCCCAUCCUGGACGCCAUGGACGCCAAGAAGCGCCGACAGCAGAACUUCUGAGGGGCGUGACGGGGGAGUUACGGAGGGCCCUCACAUCCCCAGGGUGCAGACUGCAGACUGCUGAGGCCAGGGGCACAGGAAUGCCCAGACCACUCCCAUUAACACUGAGCCUAUCACAGUGCAGUCCCUAGCCCCACAGGCCACACCCACCAACUGCAAAAGCCACCCAACUACUCCUUUGUGUUGGACCCUUCCCUCCAGAGGUUGCAUUUGCUGCAUUCCACCUCCCUCCUGGGUGGUGUAGCCCCCCCCCCCAUUCCCCACCCCCAGGUCAUAUAAUCAGUAGGUGAAGGUCACAUCGACCAGUGGCGUGCCACGCCGGCCUUCCUCUCCUUAAGAGGAAGGCCCUCCUGGACCACACCCACAAGCACAGUUACCCUUUUGAUUGCAUUCCUUUUCUCCAGGUUUACGUACUUGACCCUGAAUGGAUCAGACAGCUCUCAUGGAGUGUUAGGGUCAGUCAGGGCUCAGUGCAUUAGGGGACACUCUUCCUUGAAGCCCUGCCCCUGGUCACACCCACCAAUGCUCCACCUCUUCUUGGGGCCUCCCCUUCGCUCUUCUCUGCAUCAUCUGCUGUCAGCCUCCACAAAUUUGAUGGACCGUGUAGAGUAUGACUAAAAAAUUACUGGGUUAUAAUGAUGCUAAUAUACUUAAAUAUUAUUUAAAAGAGGGAUAGUAUGAAGCUUUUCAGGGCAUUUACCCCUGUGAUUCAUCUUCCUAUCAUGAUUAUUUUCUAUAAUUUUAUCUGUUUUAUUAGGUGUGAAAAUGUAGUACUCCAGACUGUUUGAAACCAAAGAGACUAUAGAGGGAAGCCUGUUAUUAUUUUAGUGGUGAUAGAAGAAUAUGGGUGCCUUAAAAGGGUUAAAGUCCAAGUUAUGUGGGCUUUACAAACACAAUAUUUAAAGGGAUAGUACCCUUGUGCAUAGAAAAAAAAACAUUUUGAAACUACUAGGAUGUGGAAUGUUACAUUUUUAGAUCUGAGUGGGUAUAAUUUAAUUUCUGAGAGACAAGCACCCUUUUGGGGACCAAGUGAAAUGAAAAAAUAAUGAC